UCCUGCUCGCCCCGCCCCUUUGUUUUGUUCUCAUCUGGAACGUGAACAGGCCGCUUGCGUUUGAACAGGUAGCUAGAAGACCACUGAAAACUAAACAAGGAUUAUGUUUACAAUCCAACCGGUGAGUAAAUCAUUAAGGUAUCUACUAACGGCCAGAAGGGGGUCGUCCAAAAAUAUGCAAUUAGCAAGUUGUUAGGUUUACAUAACCGCUAAUUUAGCUGGAUAGCUAGCUUCUCUUCAGACUAGCUGUUUUUUUCUUUAGCUUAGUAGCUAGCUAGCUAAUUGCUGUUGUAAACAAUGUUUAAGCUGUAGUCAAACUGAGUCGAUAUUCGAAUAAAAUGAUCGUUUUCUGACUCGUAGUUACAGGCAUAUCGAUUGUAGCUAUAUGAAAUCAUCAACGAGUUACUGUUGUAUUUUCUGUCUAUUAGCCAUGUUAGCUAACGUUAGCUGCUUCUUCUUCUUCUUUAGGAUUUGGUUGGCGAAUCGCAUCCAACUUUUAGGGGCGCACAGCGCCACCUACUGUACUGGUGUGUGUGAGGCCAUUCGGCCUACGUACGUUAAUUGAUAUGGUGACCUCACAAGGAGUUUCCACAGGUGACCUCACAAGGAGUUUCCACAGGUGACCUCACAAGGAGUUUCCACAGGUGACCUCACAAGGAGUUUCCACAGGUGACCUCACAAGGAGCUUCCACAGGGGACCUCACAAGGAGCUUCCACAGGGGACCUCACAAGGAGCUUCCACAGGGGACCUCACAAGGAGCUUCCACAGGGGACCUCACAAGGAGCUUCCACAGGGGGCCUCCACAGGGGACCUCACAAGAAGCUCACAAGGAGCUUCCACAGGGGACCUCACAAGGAGCUUCCACAGGGGACCUCACAAGGAGCUUCCACAGGGGACCUCACAAGGAGCUUCCACAGGUGACCUCACAAGGAGAUUCCACAGGUGACCUCACAAGGAGAUUCCACUGCUCUGGUGACAGGAAGAAGAUCUGGUGUUAUGACAACUCCAGAUAUGAGUUCUCUAUUUUUUACUUAAUUAACCAACAAUGCAGUUUUUAGAAGAAUUAGUGUCAAGGGCUUGUAAGUAAGCAUUUCACUGUAAGGUUUACACAUGCUGUAUUUGGCGCAUGUGAAAAAAUAACAUUUGAUUUGACACAGGAGAGAAACACCUCACACUUGUUGCAGCUCCCAUUCAAUAACCAGUUGUUAUUGCUCCUUUUACCAAGAAACAUUCAAACUCUGCGGGGACAAAAUGAAUCGAGAGGAGGGAGUGUUGAUGGAUGAAAUUGAAAAGAGCUUAUGGAAUUUGACUGAGGACAAUUUACGUUACCUGUGUGAACAUCAUGGACAUGGUGGAUCCGAAGUUAAAGGCAUGGAUCACCGCUCGAUGAGGCGUAAAAUCAUGGAGGAAAUGUGGGACAAUACGGAUUCAAUUCAAUUGAAGGAGCAGGGAACGUCUUGGCUACUCCAACUGAAAGAGGACAUCCGGAGGAUACUGGAGGAUGUUAGCAGUGCACCCUCGAGUACCCUCCAGGCUGAGGAUGCUAGCAGUGCACCCUCGAGUCCCCUCCAGGCUGAGGAUGCUAGCAGUGCACCCUCGAGUCCCCUCCAGGCUGAGGAUGCUAGCAGUGCACCCUCGAGUCCCCUCCAGGCUGAGGAUGCUAGCAGUGCACCCUCGAGUCCCCUCCAGGCUGAGGAUGCUAGCAGUGCACCCUCGAGUCCCCUUCAGGCUGAGGAUGCUAGCAGUGCACCCUCGAGUCCCCUCCAGGCUGAGGAUGCUAGCAGUGCACCCUCGAGUCCCCUCCAGGCUGAGGAUGCUAGCAGUGCACCCUCGAGUCCCCUCCAGGCUGAGGAUGCUGUAGACUGUGAUGAAGAGUGGAGCGGAGAGGGAGGGGCUGGGUUACCUAGCAACGGGUUGGAGGCGGAGUCCAUGAGUCCCAGACAAUCCAACGACGCUGCAGACUGCGACGUGGAGGACAAGGAUUGGUUACCUAGCAACAGACUGGAGGCGGAGUUUUCUCCAGAAAGGCACACACUAGAGCAAAGAGUGAGAGGCGACACGCCUCUCCCGCCCCCCUCCACUCUCCUGAAGACCCUGUGUCGUGCCUCUCCCGGUACCCCCUUAAUUUGGGGUCUGAAGAGGGUGUCUGUGCAGCUGAUGGACUGCAGGAAAACACCAGGGCAGAAAACAUGCAAGAAAAUCAACUCCUGUCCUCAGUGUGGGAAGAGUUUUGCCACAAAAGAUAUUCUGGAGCGACAUCUGCUAACUCACACUGGAGAGAAACAGAAAAAUAUAUGCGCUGAAUGUGGAAAAGUAUUCAGUACAUUUUCCAGCCUUACCAGGCAUCUGAAAACUCAUACUGGAGAGAAACGUCAUGUUUCUGAAACCACAUGCUCUGAAUGCGGAAAGACAUUCAGUACACAUUCCAGUCUUAGGAGACAUCUGCUAACUCACACUGGAGAGAAACCGUACGUUUGUCCUCGUGGGAAGAAUUUCAAUGAUCCAAGAAACUUAAAGAAACACAUCUUUGGAACUCACUCAGGAGAACAUUUUGAAGAGGAACCUUCCGAAAACAAUGUUCGUUCCUCAGAACAUGAUGGGACCGUGAAGAAACAAGUACUUCAUCCAUGUGCUCACUGUGGUAAGAAGUUGUCAACCAAAACAAGACUAACGAUUCACCUGAAGACCCACACUGGAGAGAAACCUCACAUCUGCCCCGACUGCGGGAAGAGCUUUGCUUUCCGUCCCACCUUCACCAAACAUCAGAAACUUUGUCAUUCAGAGCACGGAGUGAAACGGCACGAAUGUUCAGUGUGUGGGAAAGUCUUUAAUCAACCAGGAGCCUUGAGGUCCCAUCAAAGAACCCACACUGGAGAGAAACCCCACCUCUGCUCCGACUGUGGGAAGAGUUUCUGUUUUCGUUCGUCUCUGAGAAGACAUCAGGUACUCCACGCAGGAGACAGUGCGAAGCCCCACGUGUGCUCUGUCUGUGGGAAAGGCUUCAGGGAUUCUGGAUACUUAAAAAAACAUCAAUCCAUCCAUUCCGGAGAGAAACCUCACCUCUGCUCCAAUUGCGGAAAAACUUUCACGUCCUUCCUUAGCUUAACAAAUCAUUCCAAAUCACAUCGUCUAGAUGGAAACCAAUUCCAAUGCCCUGAAUGUAAGCGCCAUUUCCCAACAAAGGAAAGGCUGACAAGCCACCGGAGGACGCAUACUGGUGAAAAACCGUUCUGCUGCUCCCAAUGCCACAAGCGCUUCUCUCAUUCAAAUAGUUAUCAAAGGCACCUUCGUAUGCACUCUGGUGAAAAACCCUUUGUGUGUCCUCUCUGUGGGAAGCGAUUUAAUGACUCUUCGAACCUUAGAACACAUGUUAGAAGACAUAAAGGAGAAAAGGUAGGAAAGACACAGGUCUCUGAGCCUUGCCCUCACUGUGGGAAGAGGCUGGCUUCUAAGGCAGGGUUAGAGACCCACCUGCGGAUCCACACUGGAGAGAAACCUCACCUCUGUGCCAACUGCGGCAAGCGAUUUACCUUCCUCUCCGCCUUGAGAAGACAUCAGAAAACGCAGCACAGAGAGCAAGUAGCGAAGCCGCACGUCUGUUCUGUCUGUGGGAAAGGCUUUGUGGAAUCUGGAGCGCUGAAGAAACAUGUGGUGACCCACGAGGAGAAACAGCACCUUUGCUCCGAUUGCGGGAAGAGUUUCAGGGUGCUUCAGGCCUUGUCGAUUCAUCAGAGAACCAAGCAUCAGAAAACAAAUGAGCAAGUAAGAGAGGACAAUUCAUACCUCUGUCUUACUUGCGGCCAGGAAUUCAAUUCAAAGCAUAGAUUGGUAAUCCACGAGAGAAAGCACACAGGCGAGAAACCUUACCAAUGCUCCCAGUGUGGCAGGUGCUUCGCUGAUAAGACUAACAUGAGACGUCACCAGACAGUGCACACAGGAGAGAAACCAUUCCAAUGCUCCGUCUGCGACAUGAAGUUCUCUCAAGUCGCCUCUUUAAUACGGCACCGCCUAAUACACUCGGGUCACAAACCACACCACUGCACAUACUGUGACAAGAGUUUCUCUCAGUCGAACACGCUGAAAACGCACAUACUAACCCACACCGGAGAGAAACCGUACCAGUGCCCUGACUGUGGGAAGUGUUUCACUGAAAAGAAAGCCAUUAAGAAACACCAAUGCAACACACACGGGACAGGAGCACACAGCAACACACUGCUUUCUCAUAGAGAUUGAGUCACGACCGGAGCCCUCGGGCAAAGCCCUACCUGACUGAAGAAAAUGUUUCUCGGAGAAAAGAGCUCUUGUGAAAAACCAGAAGGCACACCGGAGCGACAGCGCCCCUUAUUGUUUCAUUUUGAUCUGAAGGUUUGAGAAUGUUUAAAAAUAAACAUGUGCUUUUUAGAAUAA